AUGCCUCUUGGAAUCCACAACCCUUUGCCUUCGUCCGUCGGCAGCGAAAUCAAGAAGACGGGCAAAAUCCUCGCGUCCUUCGUCGACCCGCGACAAGCCUUUGGGCCAGACAAGGUCAUCCCGCCGCAGGUGCUCGCCAAUGCUAAAGGUCUCGCUAUCUUGACCGUCUUCAAGGCCGGCUUCCUGGGAUCUGGUCGGUUCGGCUCUGGCAUCGUCGUCGCCCGCCUGCCGGACGGCGGUUGGUCGGCGCCUUCUGCUAUUGGCACCGUUGGAGGCGGCUUCGGCGGUCAGAUCGGCUUCGAGCUCACCGACUUCGUCUUCAUCCUCAACGAUGCCGCCGCUGUCAAGACCUUCGCCCAGGCCGGGUCGCUGACGCUGGGCGGCAACGUCUCCAUCGCAGCCGGUCCGGUUGGUCGCAACGCCGAAGCCGCCGGCGCGGCCAGCUUGAAGAGCGUUGCGGGCGUGUUUGCCUACUCCAAGACCAAGGGUCUCUUUGCUGGUGUCAGUUUGGAGGGCAGUGUUCUCAUUGAGCGUCGCGAUGCCAACGAGAAGCUGUACGGUAGGCGCGUCCCUGCGCGGAUGCUGCUCGAGGGUAAUAUGCCCGUCCCGCCUGCUGCGGAUCCGCUCAUGCGCGUCUUGAACUCGCGCGUCUUCUCCGGUGCCGCCAACACCCCUUAUGCCAACGACGCCAUGUACAACGAUAUGCCCGUCUACGACGACUCGCAUGAGGAUGUUGUUUGGCAGGGUCGCCGUGGCUCUGCAAUGGGCGAGGGUGUCCGAAGCGACCGCACCGGUGCUUCCGGGACCGGCGGCUUCAAUCGCCCCUCUCGGUCCAGUACCUGGGCCGAUGACAUCUACGAUAGGACCCCUGCCCAAGGCAACAGCAACGGGCUCAAUCGCUCAGUUUCCACACGCGCCAAUCCAACCGAGACAUUCGACAACAUCCAUAGACGUUCGAUGGGUUUUACUGGCAGUGACAGUUACUCGUUCAGCGACAAGCCGAAGCCUUCGAGGCCGACCGCGCCGAAGCCGCAAUUUGGUGCCGCAAAGAGGGCGUCGCUUGCUGCCAACCAGGCUAUCGCGAAGUUCACAUUCGAGGCUGAUCAACCGGGUGAUUUGGGCUUCAAGAAGGGCGAAGUCAUUACCAUCCUGAAGCGGACUGAAAACGAGACCGACUGGUGGACUGGUAGAGUCGGUGGCAGGGAGGGCAUUUUCCCCAGCAAUUAUGUCGAGAUGGUUUAA